AGCAGCUGGCAAUGCUUUUGUCGUACGUGACACUCUUCCAAACAACGCGCUCACGCCACGUCAUCUGACCUUUUGGCUCUUAUCUUGAACCUUCUUUAACUUCCAUAACGAUUUUACCGAUAUAUUGCCACCUCAUCAUCAAACAGAAGUAACACACGGAACUAAUAACCUUCAAACAAACUUAAUUUUAAGACAACCCAACAAAACAAACAAACAUUAGUUUCUUGUUUUAAUCUAAUCUAAUCUUCUUCUCACUUCAAUCCUUUAUAUUAUAGCUGAAUCCAUAACCUUCAAAUCCAAUCAAAGAAAAACAAGCUCAGAUCAGAAAAAUGUCGAACCUUGAAGAAAAUUCAUCUCCACCGAAUAUACACAUUCAGACUCCACCAACUGCGCAUCCUACGAGGGAUGGACACUACCAUACGCCGCAGACCGGAGGAAUCGCCGGAAUAUUACGGCGGUGGAAAAGGGAGGAUUUGAUUAAAAGAGGGUCGUUGGGAUUGAGAGGGAUCGCUCUGAUUUUCUCUCUGAUUUCCUUCAUUGUAAUGGCUAGUAACAAGCAUGGCUAUGGGAGAAACUUCGAUGAAUAUGAAGAGUAUAGGUAUGUGCUGGCGACUGCGAUUUUGUCGAGUUUGUACACUGGAGCACAAGUGUUUCGUCAAGUUCAAGAACUUUCUACUGGAAAACAAUUGAUUAAACCAAGAAUAGCAGCUAUGGUUGACUUUUUUGGUGAUCAGAUCAUGGCAUAUCUUUUGAUAUCAUCAGCAUCUUCAGCAAUUCCAAUGACAAAUAGAAUUAGGGAAGGAGCAGACAAUAUAUUCACAGAUUCUUCAUCUGCCUCCAUUUGCAUGUCUUUUUUCGCCUUCUUGUGUUUAGCAGGAUCAGCUCUCAUUUCUGGAUACAAACUAUCAACUCAAUCUUAUAUCUGAAGCUACGACAAAAUUCACCAUAUAUUGUUUCAUAUUUCAAUUUACUUCUAUGUAAAUCACAUUUAUAUGUGUAUCAUUGUUGAGAAAGGGAGUCAGGCAUUCUCCUCCCUUUGGCUGUGUAUUAUUACAGGUGACGUUAUAAUAUUGAUUUCAUAUACAAAUACAAAUAAUAUACAAUUUUUUCAA